AUUGGAUAUCUACCGUACGAUUUGUAUACUUUGUUAGGGGUGUAGGAUAAGACAGUGAACCCUGCAGCAGAGUAGCAGAACCCAUCACCUUCUUAUUAUGAAGAAAGCAUUCAGUUCCCCUGCAGAAGAGCAAUUAUGGGCUGCACAAAAUAGUGCUCUCUUUUCGUCACUCUGCUUUCUCUGUUUCCCUCUCCUCUCGGUGCCUACAAAACAACCCAUCAAGGAAGCAGCGGCGGCCAUGAGGGAGAGAGGCAAAGCUGUGGAAGUUUACAGCAAUGACACGGAUUUUUAUUCCUCUGCUUCUGAAUUCCCCUGUAAGAAGCACCCAUCUUCUUCCUCUGUUGGGGUCUGCGCGGAUUGCUUGAAAGAUCGGCUGAUCAAGCUGGUUUGUUCUGACUGCGGCGAGCAGAGGCUCUCCUCUUGCUCUUGCUCUGAGAUCUCAUCCAAUCGAAAUUCUUGUACUGUGGAAGUGGGAAGUGUGGGGAGAGUUUCGUUUUUGAUUGAGAAUGAGAGGAAUGGCGUUUCAUUGCUGGGCCCGAGCAAGCUCAAAUUGGAGAAAAGGGAAGAGGUUGUGGUUCUAGAGAGAAGCAGUAGCAGCUGUGCGGAGAUUAAGAAGAGUGGGUUUUGGAGAAUUGGGAAAUUUUUCAGGAAGAAGAGGGAGAAGGGAUGUGAGAGAUCAAGCGUUUGUGGGUAUGAUGAAAAGAGUGAAAUUUGUAUGGUUGAUUUCAUGGGUGUGUCCAGGUCGAGAUCUCUCUGUAGUUUCCGUGGUGGUGGGUUUUUCGGGUCGGAGGACGGCGGCGAUAUGGUGGUUUCCGGUGGCCGGAGCUCGAUUUCCGGAGCCAGAACUUCGAGUGUCAAUGGGGGUAUGCUCUGCGAUUCCGCCAGAAGAAGUGGAUUCAGCGAAACAGAGCCAAGAAAGAGUGGCUUCGAGAGCGAUCACAGAGAAGGGGGAAAUUUCGAAAACGAUCAAAAUGGGUUUAAUUUAGCCAAUAGACGCGUGUUUUCUCUGAAAGAGAGCGAUUUUAAUGGCAUGGACGAAUCUGGGUUCAUAGAUUUCAAGCUGGAUUUCACAUCAGAAACAAAAACAGAGUACUCUGUUCCCAAAAUGGGUCUGGGUUUGGGUUUAGGCCCUCUCUCAAACCCCACCUCUGCAUUUGGGAGCACGAGGGCUUUUGACAUGGCGGCGGCGCAUGAAUGCGGCAGAGGGAUGGCCGGCGCCGGCGGAGGUUCCUGUAGGAUAACAGUUAGUGACAGAGGGAUAAAGAAGGGGAGGAAAAKCUUGAAGGCAUGGAAAUGGAUAUUCAAGCAUCCGCCAAAUUGGGCAACUGCAACUGGGAGGAAGAAAGAAGAAGAUUUAAUGUCCAAAACUUGAACUGAAUAAGGAAAAACAAAUGACUGAAACUGAAAGUGUCCUUUUUUUGUUUUUCUUUUUUCUUCUUUUUUCUGGUGUAGGUUAGUACAAAUAUUGAUCUGUAUUUUCUGCCAUCUUUCCGAAUAUAGUUGGUAAAUUGUCUUGAAAUCCACUCGUGUACUCUUUUUUUUUUUUUUUUCUGUUGAAUCUCUUAUUUUAUGUUUUUGGGAGUAUGUGUAUUGUCUGUGUUGGAGAGGUGGCAAAAGGCACUGUUUGGGUUGUAGAGCACGAAACAAUGGGAAGACAGAGACAAGGAAUAGAAGAAAGAAUGUCUCACUCAGUCACAGUUGAUAUAGAAAAAAAGUAAAGUUUGAGAAACAAUCAAUUUCUUUUUGUAAA